CCAGCUCCGGACGCAGAUGGGGUUCCCCACGAGCCCAUGGGGCCUCCUCAGUCCUUUCCUGACUCUCCACCUCCUCCGGCUGGGAUCAGCGGACUUCAGAGUGGUGGGACCAAGGCAACCUCUCCUUGCCACCGUGGGGCAGGACAUCGUGCUGCCCUGUCACUUGUCACCACACAUGGAUGCUUGAAGCUUGGAGAUCAGGUGGAUCCGGCACCAACUCUCUGAAACGGUGCACCUCUACCGAAAUGGAGAGGACCUGGAUGGUGAGCAGAUGGAGGAAUAUAAUGGAAGGACAGAGUUGGCCAGAGAUGGUCUGUCCAGUGGGAGCCUGGACUUGCGAAUCUCUGGAUUAAGACCCUCUGAUGAUGGCCAGUACGUCUGCACUGUGCUAGAUGCUGCUACUUAUGGAGAAGUUACAGUGGACCUGGAGGUGGCAGCCUUGGGCUCUGUCCCUCUCCUCUCUCUGGAGGCUUACGAGGAUGGAGGCAUCCGGGUGGUGUGUCGAUCGGCCGGCUGGUACCCGUCACCGGAGGUGCUGUGGAAGGAUGGCGAGGGGCAGCAUCUCCCCUCAGUCUCUCAGAGACGUUCCACUGAUGAGAGGGGCCUCUUUGAGAUCCAAGAUGUCACCGUUGUGAGCGGGAAGGGAGAGGGGAAUGUGUCAUGUGUGGUGAGGAACAGUCGUCUGGAGCAGCAGCAGGCGUCGUCCCUGCACAUCUCAGCUCCCUUUUUCCACAAUGCCCGUCCCUGGAUGGCAGCUCUGGGUGUGCUCCUCCCACUUUUAGUGAUAUCUUUUGGUGUCAGUGCUUAUCUCUUCCGAAGGAAAGUGGUGCUGUCCAGAGCGCUGGCUUGGAGAAAGUUUUUACUUCCUGAGACUCCAGAUGCAGUGACCCUGGAUCCAAACACGGCUCAUUCUGAACUUGUCCUGUCGGAGGAUUUAAGAAGUGUGAGAUGGGGGCCCACACGUCCGAACCUGCCUGAGACGCCCAAGACAGUUAAUUACUGCUGCUGCGUGCUUGGCCAGGAGAGGUUCCGGGAGGGGAGGCACUGCUGGGAGGUGGAAGUGAAGAGGGACGUGGCAGGUUAUUCAUGGUGGGGUAUUGGCGUAGCCAGAGAGUCUGUGUGGAGGAAGAGGAGGCCUGAAGAUCUGAGGCCUGAAGAAGGGAUCUGGGCAGUUGAGGGGGAUGAAUGGCAGUUCAGGGCUCUCACCUCUCCUCGCACCAUCCUGUCCCUGUCACGGCUCCCCAGGAGGAUCUGGGUCUGUCUGGACUGCACACAGGGGCUUGUAACUUUCCUCAACGCUGACACUGGGGGUGAGAUCUUCACUUUCCCACCAGCCUCAUUCCAUGGGGAGACCCUGCGGCCCUGGUUUUGGGUGGAAACAUGGAAAACCCAGCUGUGCCUCAGGGGCAGAAGCGCUCAGACCCUCAGCCCCACUUCCAUCCCCACCACAGCCUCCAGCAGACCCUGUCCUUCUCCAGAGACUCCCCACUCUCCUCUCCUGGACCCUGCAGGAGAUAUCCCUCCCUGCCCUGCCCCAGCCCAGGAAGCAGAGGGGCAGUGAGGGCCAGGAGACAGGGGCUGCUGUGAGGUCCCCCCCAGUGCUGGGAGUCUCCGAGCAGGGUGUGUGUGUCCUCAUUUCAGCUUUGAUGGAGUUAAUUUUCUUUCUAGUAUCACCUCCAUUUUGGAUUUAGUGUGAGAAUGACAUUGAUCAUAUCUAUUUUUAUACGUAGCUGAGAAAUGUUCACAUCAGUCCAAGGGCUUUUCCAGCUUCCCCUUACAGCCAAAAGGGAGCACGGCCAGGACAAGGCAGACAGAGGGAUAUUCCACCCCAGAGACAUCCAUCUCGGGAUAGAAAUACAGUCUUCUGGGCAUCUGGGACCCUCCAUCACUGCUGGGGAUGGGAUGGGCAAUCAGUCCUCAGGUACUGAGGGCAACUGGUGUUGUAUCCGUUUCUUUUGUAUAUUUUUUUACAAUUAAUAAUGUUAUUUUCCUCUACCGUAA